AUGCCGGAAAUCGUUGACGACAAAUCGCAACACUGCAUUCCUUUCCUCCUCGACCGUUUGAAGGAGCAUCAGACUCGAUACGCGGAUGAUGCCAAUGCCCCGCCAUUUUUCCUAGGAUUGAAUGGCGUGCAAGGAGUUGGCAAGACGGUCCUGUCGGAUGCUUACGAAUGGGAAUGGAAGGUCUCAAUACUGCAGAAAACCCUCCGGUCCUCACCAUAUUCGCUCCCCACCGUCACUCUUUCGCUCGACGAUAUAUAUCUCACACACACAGACCAAGUCGCGCUGGCUGAAUCCCAUCCGGAUAAUCCUCUGGUUCAGCACCGGGGUCAGCCGUCGACGCACGAUCUAUCACUUGGAAAAAAGGUUUUCGAAUCUCUCGCCGCUAAUCAGCCCACAGCCAUUCCGCAGUAUGACAAGUCCGCCUUUUCGGGACAAGGUGACCGAGUUCCUGAAACUCAAUGGGAGGUGGUUAAUAAAGAAGGAGAUGAGAAGAUCAAAGCUGUGAUUUUCGAGGGCUGGUGCGUUGGUUUCAGGCCGCUAGACGACAAUGUCUUGAGAGAAAAAUGGGAGACCGCAGUCAGACAGAUAGAAGACAAAUCAAGUCACUACGACGGACGUUUGGGGCACGUUAAACUUGAAGAUAUUCAAGCUAUCAAUGAUGCCUUGAAGGAGUAUGAUGUCUUGACAAAUGAUGCCCAAAAUACUCGUUUCGUUUACGACUGGCGACAGGAACAAGAGAGGACACUCAUUGCCGCCAAGGGAACAGGCAUGAACGAAGAACAACUAAAUCAUUUCGUCGACGGGUAUUACCCAUCAUACGAGCUGUUCACGCAGACCCUACGUAACGGCGUAUUUCACCCAACAACAGGUUCGGAUACUCAAGUCGCGGAUUGGCGUGAUAGGCAGCUUCGACUGGUUGUGGAUAAGAAGAGAAGAGUUCAGGAAGUGAUUCGUAUCUAG